CAGGCUGAACCAUGAGGAGGCUGAUGCUACUGAUGACGGUCUUCGUCGUUUUUGGAGCCUUGCUCGUGGAGAGGUUCAUAGUAUUUCGGCAGAAGCUGUUUGCCACCCGAGAACUGGUUCCCAAGCGCCUUCCUAACUGUGAACUCAUACCAGGAAUUGACAAUGGUGCAGAGGAUAUUGAUGUACUUCCUAAUGGGUUGGCUUUCAUCAGCUCCGGUCUGAAAUAUCCUGGUUUGAAAAGCUUUGAACCUCAUAAAGGAGGACAAAUCUUACUGCUGGAUGCAAACGCAGAAAGUCCUCGUCCAGUUGAAUUGAGAAUUGAAGGUGGAUUUGAUCUGGAUUCUUUCAAUCCUCAUGGAAUCAGUUUUUAUAUGGAGAAGAAUGAUAGCAUAUAUCUCUUUGUGGUAAAUCAUCCAGAAGGCAAGUCAGCAGUGGAGAUAUUUAAAUUUUUUCAAGAUGAAAAAUAUUUGCUGUACUUAAGAACUGUCACACACGAGCUCCUAACAAGUAUCAACGAUGUUCUUGCUGUGGGCCCUGAGAAUUUCUAUGCCACCAAUGACCGUUAUUUCCGAUCAGAGACUGUCUCUAUAUAUGUCGAGAUGUUUUGGGGUUUGAGCUGGACAAAUGUUAUCUACUAUAGCCCAAAGAAAGUUAAAGAAGUAGCAUCAAGAUUUUACAGUGCCAAUGGCAUUAAUAUUUCACCAGAUGGAAAGUUUGUCUACGUUGCUGAUAUUUUGGACCAUAGCAUCCAUGUCUUUCAAAAGAUGGCUAAUAUGAAUUUAUCUCCUGUGAAGGUCCUGAAAUUGGACACUAUCCUUGACAACAUAUCAGUUGACCGUAUUAAUGGAGACCUUUGGUUAGGAUGUCAUCCCAACGCUGCGAAACUCCUUUCUUAUGAUCCAAAUAAUCCUCCUGGCUCAGAGGUUCUUCUUGUCAAAAAUAUCCUUUCUGACAAACCUAAAAUCACUCAAGUGUAUGUGGAUGAUGGCACAAUAAUUCAAGCAAGUUCAGUUGCUGUCAUGUAUGGCAGGCAUCUCAUCAUUGGCACUGUGUUUCAGAAAGCCCUUUUUUGCCAUCUGUAGUUGGCACAUCAUGAGCUUUGUCUCAGUUGAAAAAGUCAUUGUCACUGAAAUCUGACCCAACCUUUCUGACACAUAUGGGUCCAUCAUAGUAAACUUUCACCUGCAUUACAAUAAAAACUAAAAAAAAAAAAGUAGUACUCAAAUAAGUCUAUAGAAUGAUAUAAUCUCAAAAUUUACCUAUUGUUAUUGAUAAUUCUGUACUGGAUUACUGAUUUGAUGGAGAAAAACCUGAUUAACUCAGGUUUCAAAUUCAUGUUAGCCAGUCCAUUUAUCUAAAAGUUAUAAGUAUAACCACAUCUAUCUAGUAGUUCCCAAAAUAUCAGAGAUCCGGCACAUAUUCCUGUCAUAUUUGAGGAACCAUCUUGCCCCAAUUUGUCCUGCCUUUUGGCCUUACAGAGUUAUUUAAACCUAGUUUUGCUGGUUGUCUUGGGGCCCCAAAGAUUUUGCUGGUUGUCUUGGGGCCCCAACUGGGUAUGGUUGAAUGGUUAAGAAGAUCUUACCCCCAUGCCAUCCAACAUCUGGGUUCUAGUUUUUUAUAUAGCUUUAAAAAAUUAUAAUUGUUUUUAUAUUUAUCUUUUUGUAAACUGCCCAUAAUCACUGUAUUGGUGAGAUGGGCAA